AUAAUGGCAUUCUAAUAAUAAUGAGGAAUCGAUAAAUACACUAGCAAACUUCAUUUUAUCCAUCGUCAAAAUAUCUUUCCAUGCAUUAACAUUUAUUAAAACCUGAAAUGUGGUAUCUUAAGCUGCUAUCCUGACAAGAAAUACAACUUUCAGCAUUUUUAGAACAUUCUUUACAUCUAUAAUUACAUUCUAUUUAGUUAUAACCUCUUAAUACUUUGACAAAUAGGAAACCCUGCAUCGAAAUAUCCUCCCUUACAGACACAAGUAUUCCCUAUUUAGAAUCUGUUCUCACCACCCACACAAGUGAUGC